UAUUCUGAAGGGCCAGGGCCGGAAGUGUCACGGCUGCUGCUGGCUUGUGUCUAUCAGUAACGUUACGUGAAGUCAAACUCACGGCUAUGCGUUUACUUCAAAAGGAGUUUUCAUUAGUUGAGAGACAUGAAGAAGAGGUUUAACAUCAACCUGGACGAUUCUGCCUUCACCAAAGAAAGAGCACCGCCGAAGCCCCAGUUUCAGCCCUCAUCAACCAAAACUGCAUGUUCGUCAAAGCCUGCUCCUGAGUCAGUGGACCACCAGCCCCUGUCUUAUGCAGAAUAUGUCGUCCAGAGUAAAAGCCAUGUGCCUGCUCCUCUUCAGAGAGAGGGUUCGUCCUCCAAACUGCUCAGGACUGACGGUGAUGGAGGUACCAGUCUGAAGCGAAGCGAGUCCGUGUCUGUGCCCUCUGCCUCAGGAAGGUGUGAAAUAGGGACUGAGAGUGGAUUUGAUGGGGUGAAGAAGAGUGAGGAGACACAGGUGGCUGGCACAGACCACACAGAGGGGAAUGGUCAAAGCCUCAGCCUAGGUCCCAAACCUGUGGGGUCUGGGAGCUGCAUUAUUGUCAGUCCUCGACAGAGGGGAAAUCCCAUUCUGAAGUUUGUGAGGAGUGUCCCUUGGGAGUUUGGAGAUGUUGUACCAGACUACGUCUUGGGCCAGACAACUUGUGCGCUCUUCCUCAGUCUGAGGUAUCACAAUCUCAAUCCAAACUAUAUUCAUGACCGUCUGAAGCAGCUUGGACAGACUUUCACCCUCCGAGUGUUACUGGUUCAAGUAGAUGUGAAAGAUCCUCAUCAUGCAUUGAAGGAGUUGGCUUGCAUCUGCAUCAUGGCUGACUGCACUCUCAUUUUGGCUUGGAGUCCAGAGGAGGCAGGACGUUACCUGGAAACAUACAAGUCCUAUGAGAAGAAGCCAGCAGACCUUCUGAAGGAGCAAGUUGAAAAAGACUACCUGUCAAAGGUUACAGACUGUCUGACCACUGUGAAGUCUAUAAACAAGACAGAUGCCAUUACGUUGCUGUCCACUUUCUCGUCCGUAAAAGGAAUCAUCAGUGCCUCUAAAGAAGACCUGGUUCUCUGUCCAGGCCUUGGACCACAGAAAGCAAGACGACUCUAUGAUGUGCUCCACAAGCCUUUCUUCAAGUCAAAGACUAAAGACAGCUGAAACUACCAAUGUGUGACUUGCUUGGUCAUCGCAUUGAACAGCAUGCAAGCACACACAAGAGAGACUUAAAUGCUACAAGCGCUUUUAAAUGUGGUGAAGAGAGAAACAUGUAUACUGUUACUGCUAUCAGACUGAGAAUGAGCUAGUGUGAGAAUUUAAGAUGUGAAAUCUUCAGCUGUUAGAGCUGCACACUGAUUUCAUGAUAAGUUAUGGUGUUAUACUGUUUGUUCAUUGCUGAAUUCAUUUUCUGAAUUUGAAUUAAUUUCUUAAUAAAUAUUUUGAUAUUUUAUACAAUA